CACUCACACGGUGAGCAGGUGGAGGAGAGGUACCCACAACAUUACUGGCUACUCUCAAGAGUCUACUUGUUGAUUCGCCUCCAGGAGGGGUGGACAGGGCGGACUGGACAUGCUGAUAUUUCUGUAAAAGACUUAGGUUUUUCACCAUGUCGCCACGCAGCUCAUGAUGCCUCCAUCAGCUCCCAGCAGAGCACCGGAGACCAGGACGGACUUAAGUUUUUACGCGUUUACUCUUGAAAUGUUGCUGAUGUGCGUCCAUGAGGUGAAUCGGGAUAAACGAGAGACACCCACAAGAUGAACUGAGGAGAGACCCUGAUGCGGUCAGCUGCAGGACCAUGUCUUCUUAAUCUGCCGGACUGUAUCACCCAGACUUGUAAAGUGACCGAGUGACUUGUGUGAAGAUGAUCAAAGCGGGGGCUCGGUCGGCCACCUCGCUGCCGCCGGAUACCAUGGACAUCAUCCGCAGUAAGACCCACACCCGCCGCGUGAGACUCAACGUCGGCGGCCUCCUCCACGAAGUCCUGUGGAGGACGCUGGACAGGCUGCCCCGCACCAGACUGGGCAAACUGAGAGACUGCAACACCCACGACUCUAUCAUGGAGAUAUGCGACGACUACAGCUUGGAUACCAACGAGUACUUUUUCGACAGACACCCCGGCGCCUUCACCUCCAUCCUCAACUUCUACCGCACCGGGAAGUUGCACAUGAUGGAGGAGAUGUGCGCCCUCUCCUUCAGUCAGGAGCUGGACUUCUGGGGCAUCGAUGAGAUCUACCUGGAGUCCUGCUGCCAGGCCAGGUACCACCAAAAGAAGGAGCAGAUGAACGAGGAGCUGAAAAGAGAGGCGGAGAACAUGAGGGAGAGGGAUGGAGAGGAGUUUACAACCACGUGUUGUUCAGAGAAGAGGAAGAAACUCUGGGACCUCCUGGAGAAGCCGAGCUCGUCGUUUGCUGCUAAGAUCCUGGCAAUUGUCUCCAUCCUCUUCAUUGUGUUGUCAACCAUUGCCUUGUCUCUGAACACCCUACCAGAGCUGCAGGACACAGAUGAGUUUGGUCAGUCCACAGACAACCCACAGCUGGCCCACGUGGAAGCUGUGUGUAUUGCCUGGUUUACCAUGGAGUACCUGCUUCGCUUCCUCUCCUCCCCCAACAAGUGGAAGUUCUUUAAGGGUCCUCUAAAUAUCAUCGACCUGCUGGCCAUCCUGCCCUACUACGUCACCAUCUUCCUGACAGAAUCCAACAAGAGUGUGCUGCAAUUUCAGAACGUCCGUCGUGUGGUUCAGAUUUUCAGGAUCAUGCGGAUCUUGCGUAUUCUAAAGCUGGCUCGUCACUCCACAGGUCUCCAGUCACUGGGCUUCACUCUCAGGAGGAGCUAUAACGAGUUGGGCCUGCUGAUCCUUUUCUUGGCCAUGGGCAUCAUGAUAUUCUCCAGUCUGGUGUUCUUUGCAGAAAAGGAUGAAGAGGACACCAAGUUCAAAAGUAUCCCAGCUUCCUUCUGGUGGGCUACUAUUACUAUGACAACAGUAGGCUAUGGAGAUAUCUACCCCAAAACUUUACUGGGAAAGAUAGUUGGAGGUUUGUGCUGCAUUGCCGGGGUGCUGGUGAUAGCCCUGCCUAUCCCCAUCAUCGUCAAUAACUUCUCUGAGUUCUACAAAGAGCAGAAGAGGCAGGAGAAAGCCAUCAAAAGAAGGGAGGCUCUGGAGAGGGCAAAGAGAAAUGGUAGCAUUGUUUCUAUGAACAUUAAAGAUGCAUUUGGCCGCAGUGUAGAGCUCAUGGACAUAAUGGUGGAAAAUACUGGUGAAAAGAAGGAAAAGGUGCAUGAUAAUCACGUGUCUCCUGGUCUGCAGAGAGGGACACCCAAACUCAAGUCACAGAAAAGCCCCAGCAGCCCCGCCAAGACCCUUGAAUCAGGCUACCAAGAGCAGGCCAAGCCCUCCAGCAGCCCUCAGCAUCUUAGCGCACAGAAACUGGAGGAGAUGUACAACAAGAUGGCCACGGUCCAAUCACACCCCAACCUCAACAGCAAAGAAAAAGAGCCACCAUCCAAGGCAGUUAGGCAGAAAGCUGAAUUAGAGAUGGGAAGCAUACCUGCUGAAGCCAUCUCGAGCAAAGCAGAGGUAGUUUCAGACAUGAGGAGCAUGUCCAGCAUUGACAGCUUCAUCAGCUGUGCGACUGACUUUCCUGAGAGCUCUCGCUUUUCCCACAGCCCCGUCAGCAACAUGCCAGGGAAGGUCAGCACUAACCCCAGCCUGGAGCCCACCUUGGAGAAUGAGAAUGAAGGAUCCCAGGGCACCACUGCACCCCUGACAGGACGUAGCACCAAGCCCGGCCCAUAUUCCGACAGCCCCAGGGGUGUACGCUUCAACAACCCACUCAAAAGCCACUCGCUCAAGGUCAACUUUAGAUGUGGGGAGGAUUCAGGGACAGGGGCCCUCUCAGACAGCUCGUCAGUCCAGAGCCCCGAGGUGUCCGUCUACACAACUGCCAGCAGCAGGACACCCAGCAAGAGCCCGGAGAAUUUACUGCCCAGCGCCCUCUUCACAUUCCACGAUGCAUCCAUCAGUAAAUUCAUCGACGCUGACACGGAUGAAGAAGAGCACCUGCACGAUGGCUCAGGCGCCAACCCAUCCCAAAGACUCCUGGAGAGAUCCAGCCCCAAGUUUGGCCCUCACUCCAGCUUCCAACAAGGGGCCAACCACAUGGAGGGCCUGCAGAGGAAGCUGGGGAACAGCACACUGCCGCUGGAAGGGCAGGAGAACCAUGUGGCUCAGGAACUACAGCCACUUCAGGGAGACAAGAGUCACUCUAAUGCUUAAACUUACAAUAAGGGAGAGACCACGGAGGAAGCGUAAAGGGAAAUAUGAGAAGCACAGUGACUUAGCAAAAUUGAACUUACAAAAAAUAUGAAAGGCACUGAAAACACUUGUGAACUUUGAGAGAAUUACAAAAUGACUUGAUUCUCUAUGGAAGUAGUUGUUGGCAGCGGGGAAGAUUUUUUGCUCUUGAACUUUUUCCUGCCAUUGACUCUUAAGUUAAUUAACUCAGUAGAGGACUCUGAUCUAAGAGGUUUUAAAAAUGGCGAGGAAUGCCCAUCUGAUAGUUUUUACUAUUUAUACAUUUGUUCUAGUCCAGAUCAUCAUAUAAUAAUUACAGCCUAGUCAUAAGAGUAUAGGAUAUCAUUUUUAUAAGCAAAAACCUAUUUUUCUGACAUCCCUGGAGACCACUUUAAAGCCACUAUAGCAAAAGCUGACCAAUCAGUAGCAAACCACAGAGGGCAUUGAAACAUGGCACUGCAAAAUGGGAAACUCAUUCAGCUGAGAUAGUUCUAAUAACAUGUGAAGGAGGAACUUACAUUUUUCUUUAAGUCAUUGGUUACACAGUGUAAAAUUACGGCCUUACAAAGGCAAGAGUGUGUUGGGAAAAUGUAUAGUUUGCUUUCUUGGACUUCCUUCCUCAAAACUGGCCUUAGUUGAUGUUGUCACCCUUGUGUUAUGUUUGUGUUUGUAUGAGUGGGACAGAGAGAUAUACAUAGACAUACAUAUAUACAGUAUAUUUAUUGUAGCGUUCUUGAUCUCUUGAAGUGUGAGCUUGAGGAGAAUCGAGUAUUUCAGUUUAGCGUCUUGCUCAUCCAUAUUUUUUUACUGCACAGAACACAUUUAGACAACACAGAGAGAUACUGUGAGGCUGCGUCCAUCGAUUUCCUUUUUGUUCCUGUUGUGCCCGACUGCUGGCAAGAAAGAGCACCUUAACGUGAUAAUUAUUUUUAUUAUGAACACAGGGAAGAAAAAAAAAAACCUCUUUAUUCCUUUAUUCUUGUUUGUAUCGGUGUUUGUAUUGCUGUAAUCAGAGUUUGAAUUUGGAGGAAAUCAAAAAGUCUUAUGUGUUAUUUCAAAAACUUUCUCAAAGGUGUUUCGAAAGGAGUCGUCAUUCCUAUUGUAGCUGAAAAUCCGAACUUCAUAUUAAACGACAGUGCUGACAAGCAUCACCAUAGCUGGAGAAACAGCACUGAAAAUCACUGAGAUUUUCUAUGUUGAACCUCCAGUUUUGUCGGAGUGUGAAUAUUGUACAUGUACUACAAGAGUAGAAUAUUACAAAGAAACACAUUUAUUGUACAAGGUAAAGAAUGCAAAUAAUUUAUAUUUUUAAGAUAUUUUCUAAAAGAAUGGACUCUUAGACAAAUAUAUUGUGCUAAUCUCGUAGUUUUGCAUUUCGAUACGUGUACUGCAUUAUUUUGAUGGAGUUGCAUUUGUUAGACGAUAGUAGAUGACUUUGUAUUGUUUGCUACUGUCUCCCCGUAAAUGUCUGUCCCUCGAUCCUUUGUGCAAUGUGAAGAACCAAAGAAUUGUUGUUUCUGAUAACUCGUACAGACGAUGGGCAAGUUUUACUUUUUUAUCUCAAAAAUGUAAGAAAUUUUAAGCAUUCCUUUUCUAAAUCUGACAUAUUUCAGGGAGCCAUACUCGCUCAUUCGGUCCAAACAUGUGAACAGAUGAGAGCAGACUGGCCUCUGAGGAGGAGAGAUGUUGACGGGGAAUGAAAAGAGAGGAUAGACGGGAAAUGAAGAGGGAGCAUGGCACUUUAUUUUACAUCCAUUUCAAAAGCUAAUUUGAUUAUUUACAUGCUGUAGAUCUUGGCAAGUGGUUUGGUUCCAGAGAUCCAAAACAUUACGCUCACAUAAGUUCACGUCACAUCUCUUUUAAACAUAAAGCCACCUCACAGCUCCAUACAGCCCAGGCACACAAACAGCAUGGAGCACCAUGUGUGUCUGUAUUCAACCAAAUACCCUGCAUCAUGCUUUCCUGUAUGCACCUGACUCCAAACAUAUGACUGAUCUGGGUGUUGAUCAUCUGGUGCUCGUUACAUUACUCAUGCAAACAUGGUUUUAUAGCAUUAUUAACUUUACAGCAUGCACACAUGCCUCUAUUUUUAGUAGUGGAUCUUUACGCUUAAAGAAAUAGAAGUAUUCACGCUAUACGGUUGUUUGCAAUCAUUAGACUUAAUGUGAGUUAGAUAUUUCCGUGCCUUGCUUUUACCAGACGCUUGCCCCGCACAUUGAAUCUGUCGCUGUCUAAUGGAGCCCAAAUGGCAAUUAAACAAACUGUACGGCAAAUAAACACAAAGAGAGCUGGGUCAUUAUGCUGUCAGGCUGCUGCAUUAGAUACCCACACCCCUCCUUCUAAUGUCUUUCCUGUACACUUAAAUGCAUCAAACAUUUACAUGAAAAAGGCCCAAUGCACAAAAACAAACAGGUGCAGACUCACUCAGCGGAGUGAACGACCACUGUUUCCAUGGUGAUGCUUGAGAUGACUGGAUGGCUCGCAACUGAUGCAAGCACGUAGCCUAAUUUGUUGAGACGGAGUCCUUGAAGACUCAAAUAACAUAUUGCAAAAAUACACAGUGUUUACAUUCUGAUCAUGAAUCUACUCAAUCACCCAUUCAUCUUUUCCCUCCUCACCUGCAGCUGCUGCGACAAGCUGUUUUAACAUUUAAUCAAACCACACUCCAGUCUCCAUUAUAGCAUUUAUUCAAGUCAAAAUUGCAUUCUCACCAGGCAGAAUACGUAAAGAUAUCAACAAUAACCUUCUAGUAGAUAAAGUAUUUCAACUUUGAUUGUGCUAGUCAAAACUAAAUUUAAAGUCCAGGUAAAGUAAAAUGAGAAAUCUGUUUCUAAACACAUUAUACAUGUUGGAAAGUACUUGUUGAAAACAUGUGAAAAGACUGUGACUUUGUGUUUACGUUAGCCGCUGUUAGGUGUGGAACGAGGGUCUGUCCCUGCAGCAGCUCAUUCUUCGGCUCUGGGAGUGGGUGUGCUUCAUGCUACUGGGUUAGCUGCUAACUACAGCCUGCCGGUGCUCAGUGGCUCAAUCUUUGUUUCAGGUCUUUCACACCCUCAGUGUCUCAGAGCAUAAAAUACUGCUCAUUUAUUCACGACCUAAUUUUAUAUAAAUACAGUCUGUAUGUUUUGGAACACCCAAGAAACCUCACAUCCUUUUACACCGAGGGGGAAAACAAAGCAUUCACUUCCAUGCUAAAGACUUGCUGUGUGGCAUUUCUGCAUAUCAAAUAAACUUAAAGAUCCAGAGUCAAAAGGGAAUGUUUCAGAGUGACCCAGAAGCUCAGUGGAUAGAGCGGGCACCCCAAGUAUAAAGGUAUUGUCCUUGACGCAGCGGCCUAGGGCUCGAUUCCAGCCCGCGGACACUUGCUGCACCCUUGCAGCCCUCUCUUUCCCCCUUUCACGCCAAAAAUAAUCUUAAAAACCUGGAUCAUAUUUUUCCAUGUUUUUGUUUCUAAGUAAUCAAUGGAAACAGCAUUUUUUUUUUAAAUUGGUCCAGUUUUGAGUGAGAGCAGUGAUCAGGCUGCAAUGCAAACGCUCAGGGCAUGUUCGCACUGUCAGUUUACUUCCACUUAAAGUGCUUUUUUUGGUCACUGACAGGCUCAGAUUGUUAUUCUAAUUGUGUGACAACAUUAUGGAAAGGAUCCCAACAGAGAUAGACAUUUUUGUUCAAGAGUAAGAUCCUUGUUUAACCAAAAAUAGCCUCAAAAUUAUUAUCGUCAAACCCACCAGACUCCAUAAAUAAUCAGUAAUUUAUUAUUGUAAAACACACUACAUUAAAAGUUAAAAAAAAAAAAAAAAAAAAAAUUCACAGAA